AUGAAGAUCGGUAUCCACGGCAUCUACUAUCUGCUGCCCAUCCUGACGUUCGCGUCGUGGACCACGGCCAUCGUCGGCCUGCUCGCACUAUGGUCGAAAGAUAGCUUCGCCGAGUACGAGGUGGAAGAAGCGUCGAUUGUCUUUAUCUCGGACGUGGGUGCGACGCACAAGACGUUCUUCAUCAUCUUCUGUGCACUCACUGCCGGCUUCUACAUCCUGACGACCUUUGCGGAGCGUCACCUGCGACACCUGCGUCGCAUUCCCGGCUCGGUUCGCAAGAAGCAGACGAUCCUGGAUAUCUGCUCGGUCAUCUGCGCCAUCAUUGGUUCGGCGGCUCUGGUGCUGCUCAGCAUCUUUGAUGCGUUCAACCACAGCACAGUCCACUGGAGCAUGACGCUCAUCUUUGUUGUGUUCGUGGCGCUCUCGGUGCUGUUCCAGGUGCUCCAGGUGUUCUCGCUCUCGCACGACCACGACCGCCUGGCUACGCUCAAGGUUAUCGCAAUCAUCAAGUCGAUCAUCCUGGCGCUUGCCAUCGCGGGCGCGAUCGCUUUCAUCGUCUGCUACGGUAUCUGCAGGGGCGAUGCCAAUCCGGGCGACAACAGGUGCGACCGUAUCGUCUCGGCCGCUGCCGUUUGCGAGUGGGCAAUCGCCUUCCUCCUCGACAUCUUCUUCCUCACGUACCUCGUGGACCUCUGGCCCGCCCACAGGCGCGCCCAGAAGGGCCUCAACGCCGACGGCACUAUGGUCGAGAACAAGCAGCUGGCCAAGGAGCAGGGUGUGGACGACCGCCCCACCGCGCCGUAUGCGAUCGACGGCGUGAGGGAAAACGACACCUACUACCCAAGCCAGGCUGCGCAGCAGUACCACAGUGGUCACGGCGUCCAGCCCGCGCCUGCCGUGAACCAGCCCUCCAACUACAGCCCGACCAACGCCCCUUCCACCCUCCCUGGCUCGGAGCGCGGCAGUCUUUACCAGACCCCCAUGACCGAGGCUCGCCCGUACCCCAACAAUGGGCCCGUCACCAACGGCUACUCCACCUACCAAGCAUAG